AUGGCCGCGAGAAGCACCACCGGAGCCAGUGGGAAGGCGGAAGGCGGCUGGGCCAAGCAGGACACAGGACAGGCAAGAUGGAGCGCACGGAAAGCACAGUCGAGCGUGCCACAGGUCCCACGACAGAGCAGAAGCAAAGCGAGUGGAAUGCUGGCGACGCGGGGACAGCGGGUGGAGGGGAGAGAGGAGAGGGAACAAGAUGGCGCGCAAGUGCUGGCCACAAUGCCCGUCUAUCUGACCUUCCUGACGACAGUAUCGCAGAGCUUGAUCAGAGAUGAGGUGCUGCGACUUUCGAUACGAGACCCGGUGUGUGAGAAUCCGCUAUCAGCGCCUCUGCAUGCGAGCAUCAAUGGGGUCCCUGCUUGCGUGGCCUUCGUCCGCCGUCAUGGGGAGAUGAUCCACCGCCGCCGACUCAGGAGAUCUGAAGGAGGCGUUUGUCGCCUACCGCUACGAUAG